GUGUCUCACCAUCAUUGGCUGGUGUCCAACUCGUUCUCUAUAUAAACAAGAAAAUUACACUUACUACACUUUGUAAGAGAGAAAAAUGGCGAGAAUGAAUUCACUUUGCGUUGUUUUGUUAUGCACUCUUGCUAUUUUUGGAUCACUUGCUCAAAUUCAGGCGAAAAAGCAAUCUUCCGAAGAUCUGAAGGAAGUGACUCAUAAAGUGUUUUUUGAUGUUGAGAUUGAUGGAAAACCAGCUGGUAGAGUUGUUAUGGGGCUCUUUGGAAAGGCAGUUCCGAAAACAGCUGAAAAUUUCAGAGCAUUGUGCACUGGAGAGAAAGGUGUUUCGAAAUCUGGGAAACCCCUCCACUACAAGGGAAGCACAUUCCAUAGAAUUAUUCCAAGCUUCAUGAUCCAGGGAGGUGAUUUUACUCGCGGAGACGGAACAGGUGGAGAAUCAAUCUACGGAGAGAAGUUUGCUGAUGAAAAUUUCAAGCUAAAGCAUACUGGACCAGGAUUUCUGUCUAUGGCAAAUGCCGGUAAAAACACCAACGGUUCUCAGUUCUUCAUCACAACCGUAACAACCAGCUGGUUGGAUGGCAAGCAUGUCGUAUUUGGCAAGGUGCUUUCUGGAAUGGAUGUCGUUUACAAGAUGGAAGCCGAGGGAAGGCAAAAUGGUACCCCUAAAAGCAAGGUUACUAUUGCUGACAGUGGAGAACUUCCUCUUUAAUCUGUCAUCAAUAUGACUAUAUGCCUUCCCUGAAGCGAGAUGGAAUUAGGAAUAACUAUAGAGUCCAAUCCUUGUGGAAUGUGGAGACUUUGCGCUACAGUUUUUAUCUUUACACAUUGUUGGACACUUUCUUGGGGCAUAUUGCCUAAUGUUCGUCUUUAUGUUGCCUAAUGUUCGUCUUUAUGUAACCUAUACGAGGAAGGACAGGGUUAAAGAUAAUCUAGUUCAGCAACUCUUUCUCUUCUAAAAUGACUUGGAAUUAGACAAGGUAGAUUUUGCUGCUA